CAAAAGGGACACCAAUUCCUGGACACAACUCUGUCCUGGAUUUGGUGUCCCAAAACUCUGAUGCCCGCCACCAAGCGCAAGGCGGAAAACGGCGACGCCUUGGCUCCAAGCGCCAAGCGGCGUAAAUGUCCGUAUCUGGACACGAUAAACCAUCAGCUGCUGGAUUUUGACUUCGAGAAGGUGUGCUCCACCAGCUUGUCGGACCAGAACGUCUACGCCUGCCUCGUAUGUGGCAAAUACUUCCAGGGUCGCGGUCGCAAUACCCACGCCUUCACGCACUCGGUGCAAAGUAGCCAUCACGUGUUUAUUAACCUGCAAACGGACCGCAUCUACUGCCUGCCAGACAACUACGAGGUAGUAGACAACACGCUCAAGCCCGUACAGGAUGCGCUGCGUCCGAGUUUCGAGGAAACGCAGAUUGCCCAGCUGGAUCAGAACCGUAUCCUGGCUCAAGACGCCUUCGGAGUCUCGUAUCUGCCGGGUUUCAUCGGUCUUAACAACCUCAAGCACACAGAUUAUAUCAAUGUGGUUGUGCAGGCGCUGGCUCACGUGCCGCCCCUGCGAGACUUCUUUCUGGCCAACAAGAUGGGCAAAGUCAAGUCCAAGCUCGUGUUACGAUUCGGAGAGCUGCUGCGUAAGAUGUGGAGUCCACACAACUUCAAGAACACGGUGCGGUAGUUACAAUGGCUUUGUAAUGUGGUUGGUAGCUGACGAGGUAGAAAUAUUGUUUUCUCUUACGCAGAUUAGUCCUCAUGAAUUGGUGCAGGAGAUCUCGGUGAGCAGCAAGAAGAGGUUCCAUGUUGGAACGCAGAACGAGAGUGUUGAGCUCUUGGCGUGGCUGUUGAAUGAGCUACACAGGGGACUUGGCGGAUCACACAAACCGGGGAGCAGCAUCAUCCACAAAUGCUUUCAGGGUUUCGUGGAGGUAACCACGAAUGAUGAAACGAAAGCUGCGUCGGCAGAUCCUACAGAGCGCGAAUCUGCUGUCUCCACUGUGGUGUCACCGUUCUUGAUGAUGUCGCUGGACUUGCCCUCGACGCCGCUGUUCAAAGAUUCUCAAGGUGGAAAUAUCAUUCCUCAGAUCCCGCUGUUCACAGUGCUCGAGAAGUAUAAUGGAUCCCGCGUGACACACGUGCUUCAAGGCUCUCACCGACUGAAAAAGACGUACCAAAUCGACUCUCUGCCAGCGUACCUGAUCUUCCACGUGAAGAGAUUCACGCGAAACAACUUCUUCAUCGAGAAGAACCCGACGAUUGUUAAUUUUCCAGUCAAGAAUCUGGAACUGCGGGAUUAUCUGAAGCUGGACCAGAAUCUGCCAACCGAGGAGGAGCUUCGCGAAAAAUCGAUCCCCGAACUGCGAGCUCUUCUUCGCAAACACAAUCAGUCGACUGAGGUGCUAUUGCUUCUAUGUCUCAGGCUGAAGCGUACGAGGUCUAAAUGUUUCUCUCUGUCGUUUGUGGUGCCAGGAUUGCGUUGAAAAGGCUGACUUAGUCGAAAAGAUCUUGCGAGUUACGCUGCCGUGCACCAAAUACAACUUGGUGGCUAAUAUCUGCCACGACAGUCCAGUGACAACUGGCCAAGAGGCAGCGCUCCAAACGAACCCUCUGACCGAAGGCAGCUAUCGUGUCCACGUCCAGAAUAGAGCAACUGAGCAGUGGUACGAAAUCCAAGAUCUGCACGUGCAGGAAACGAUGCCACAGCUAAUCGGCGUAUCCGAGUCGUACUUGAUGAUCUACGAGCGGAAGGCAUAAACUUUGGAAAUAGAGCUCACGAAUCGCGCUUGUCAUACUGCAGACACUCCGUACUGUUCAUUCCACGCAACCAGGUCCUGUAUCGUUCUUGAGGAUACACUUGGACGGACUCGUGUGAGCGCCACCUGAAAGUCAGAAGCGUUGAUUCCUCGUACGUCCUCGGCCUUGACGUUUGCUACUCUCGCUCCAAGCUCGCGAAUUGGGCCUAGAGCAGCGUCCUUACAUACAGCUUUGAGAUCGCUGCCAGAGUAUCCUUCUGUUGCCUUCACGAUCUGUUUGAAAUCUCUGGAUGACAUAGAGAAUUUCUGGC